AUGCUACUACUACGAACCCUUAUCCCGCGUAAUCUCGUCCCAUAUACCAAACAAUCCGCCCCGCUUAGAUGCUUCACAACCACCGUCUACCUUACCGAUAAGCCAUUACCGCCCCGGUUGAAAAUCCACGAUGCCGAUCUGACCAUAUCAUAUCUCAAGGGCACUGGCCCUGGAGGUCAGAAGAUUAAUAAAACCAACUCUGCCGUUCAGCUCAUUCACAAACCUACCGGUCUCGUGGUGAAGUCACAGGCCACUCGCUCCCGUUCCCAGAAUGAGAAGAUCGCACGACAACUUCUCGCCGAUAAAGUGGAGCAGCUAGAGAAAGGAGACCAGAGCCGCGCAGCGAUCAAAGUUGAUCGUGCUCGGAAGAAGAAGGCUAGUAAGGUGAAGAAGAGCCGCAGAAAGUAUCGCGAAUUGGAGAAGGGCCACGAAGGAGUGCAAGAGCAGGAGGACCAUGAUGGUGAAGGCCAUCAGGAGAUGGUCGGAGAUGAGUCGUCAAAGACAGUCCCAGCGAACCAGACGCAGGACAAAUGA